CAAAGCCCCUUGUCUGUGUGCUAUACUUCUCUUUCUCUUUCUCCAUCGCUAUUCCACCACUCCUCAGAAAGAGAGAGAAAGAGAGAAACCCCAAUGCAAUACUGCAUAACAAUAUAACAUAACUAUCAUAAACUUCAUUAUCUCUCUCUCACUCUCUCUGCUUUAACCUCUGAUUCUGAUUCAAGUUCAUUAGUUCAAGUGUCCCAGAGUGAAGAAGGUUUUGGAGUUUUGAUUUUGGCCCAAAAAUAAAGCACCUUUUGCAGCACCACCAAGCACACCAACGGACACAAAAACAAACCUUUAUUUUUCCCCACAACACCGUUCCCUUGGCUGAUCCAAAAACACAAGAUGGGUUGCUGCCACUCCAAACUAGAGAGUGAAGAAACGGUGUCGCGUUGCAAAGCCAGGAAGCGUUACAUGAAGCAGUUCGUGCAAGCAAGACACGCUUUCUCCGCCGCGCAUGUCAUGUACAUUCGCUCACUCCGUGCCACCGGUUCCGCACUCUUUCACUUCGCCAACGCCGAAACCACCGUCCUCCGCCACGGAAACCACCACCUUCCGCCGCGACCUCACCCCAUUCUCCCGCCGCCGCCGCCGAGAACUCCCACCCCCAUGCCGCCGCCGCCUCCUCCUCCGAUGAGCCCCAGCUCCUACACGUGGACCUCCGACACCACCUCCUCCCCCGCUCUUCCAGAGGAGUGGGAGGCGACGACCACCGCGGGGUCGGAGGUGGUGGUGAUGGCGGCGGCGAGCGUGACGGCGCCGCCGUCGGUGGUGAGUGGAUUCUCCAAGGAAACCCCUAGUGAGCUUGCAAUGGUGGUGUCAAGGAAUGGCAAAGAUCUUGUUGAAGUUAUCAAAGAGCUUGAUGACUAUUUUCUCAAAGCUGCUGAUGCUGGUUCCCAUGUUUCUUUGCUCCUUGAAGUUCCAAGCUCUGGAUUUUCUGAUAGAAGUAAAGCAUGUAAAGUGCACAGCUAUGGGUGGAGUUUGAGUCCUUCAUCAUGGGCUUGGGGUUCAAGUCCUAAACUGAACGGGUUUGGCAAGCUGGCUGAGGCAACUCCUGUUUCUGUUGGUGCUUUUGGGGCUAAUGGAGUUGGAACUGUAGGGCACUGCUCCACUGUGGAGAGACUAUAUGCAUGGGAGAAGAAACUGUACCAAGAGGUUAAGAAUGCUAAGACUAUAAAGAUGGAGCAUGAGAAGAAGUUGGCACUGCUAAGGAAGGUGGAGUUGAAGAGAGCUGAUUAUGUGAAGACAGAGAAGACAAGGAAAGAAGUGGAGAAAUUAGAAUCACAAAUGAUGGUUGCUUCUCAGGCCAUUGAUAGUACAUCUGCUGAAAUCAACAAAUUAAGGGAGGUAGAGCUCUACCCUCAACUCAUUGAGCUUGUCAAAGGAUUAAUGUGCAUGUGGAGAAGCAUGUAUGAGUGCCACCAAGUCCAAAGGCACAUAGUUCAGCAGCUAGAGUACCUCAACACCAUACCAUCAAACAAUCCCACAUCCGAGAUCCACAGGCAAUCAACACUUCAGCUGGAGCUAGAAGUGCAGCAAUGGCACCAAUCCUUCUGCAACCUCUUCAAGGCGCACCGUGACUACAUCCAAUCCCUCACAGGCUGGCUAAGGCUAAGCCUUUUCCAGUUCAGCAAGAACCCUCUGAGCAGAACCCCGGAGGAGUCAAAGAUAUACACCCUUUGUGAAGAGUGGCACCUCGCCGUCGAUCGCAUUCCGGACACAGCAGCAUCAGAAGGAAUAAAGAGCUUGUUGACAGUUAUCCAUGCCAUUGUAGUGCAGCAAGCAGAGGAGCACAAACAAAAGAAGAAGUCAGAUUCUGCAUUCAAAGAACUUGAGAAGAAGGUGGUUCAGCUUCGUUCCUUGGAGUGCAAGUAUGGUCCAUACUCCAUGCCGGAAUCCUUGAGAAGCAAUAAGGACCCGGUUACCGAGAAGCGUGCCAAGGUGGAAGGCUUGAGGGCCAAGGCAGAGGAGGAGAAGAGCAAGUAUGAGAAGUCAGUGAGUGUAACAAGGGCAAUGACACUGAACAACUUGCAAAUGGGUUGCCCUCAAGUGUUUCAAGGGAUUGUGGGGUUUUCAAGUGUGUGCAUGGAGGUUUUUGAGUCUGUAUACAACAAAGCCAAAGUUGCUGAACAGGAGCAUGACGUGAAGAGAAUAUUACCAUAGGAGAAUGAAUUCAAAUUCAUAUCAAACAUUCAAAUGUCAUGUAUAGAUGAUAAUCACCCUUGCCCACAUCAUUAGAUUGUGUUUACUACUAAUAUCAUGGAUCAUGAUGUUGGGAGAGUGCAAUUGCAAUCUAAUUCACCUUUUUUCUUUUUUGGGCAAGUUUGGUGUUGAAUCCGCAUUCCUUAAGCACUUACUUAGCAUGGGUUUCACUUGGUUUCAUGAUGUACUGUUAAUAUGAUUAUAUAUAGUCGAGAAAAUUUGAUGAUUAGAGGAGUGAGAAA